AUGCAACAAGAAAACUACAAAAAGGAAGCUUCAGCAAUGGACGGACGUGAAGAGGAGGAGUUGUUUGAGUUGUCUUUACCUUAUUCUCUUCAAUUCAAAACAUUUUGUAGGCUGACGUCAAGGUACGAUCAUGACGUGGAGGAUGAAGAAGAUGAGAUUGAUAACAGUUUUGUCUUCCAGAUUGAUCAGAGCUUGUUGAUUGAUCCUAGUCUUGUUUUGCUUGACAAAAUGAUUGGUGAAGGUUCCUACUCUACUGUUCACAAAGGAUUCUACAAAUCGAAACCUGUUGCAGUGAAGAUUAUUCAGCCAAGUAAUCCAUCAGCUGUAACUCGUGAGCAUAAAAGGAAAUUUGAGAGGGAGGUUUUAAUGCUGUCUAGGAUGGACCAUGAAAAUGUUGUCAAGUUUAUUGGUGCAUCUGUGGAGCCAACUAUGAUGAUAGUUACUGAAUUCAUGAAUGGUGAUACACUUCAGAGGUAUUUGUGGAACAUACGCCCAAGGCGUCUAGAGCUGAAGCAUUCAAUCAGUCUUGCAUUGGAUAUUUCCCAAGCUAUGGAAUACUUGCAUGCCAAUGGCAUUAUUCAUCGUGAUCUGAAGCCCAGCAAUAUACUUCUCACUGAGGAUAAAAUGCAUGUUAAGCUGGCUGACUUUGGGCUAGCAAGAGAGGAAGUGAUGGGUGGAAUGACUUGUGAGGCCGGUACUUACCGGUGGAUGGCUCCUGAGCUAUACAGCAGAGAUCCACUUCCUAUAGGAGCAAAGAAACACUAUGACCACAAAGUAGAUGUGUACAGCUUCUCAAUUGUUCUUUGGGAGCUGCUGACAAACAAAGCUCCAUUUAAGGGAAGGGAUAAUGUAUCAGUGGCAUAUGCCGCGGCAAAAAAUGAAAGGCCUAAUGUGGAAGGUCUUCCAAGAGAUAUUGUAUCUCUCUUGCAGUCCUGCUGGACAGAGGACCCGAAGAGCCGACCGGAAUUUAAGGAAAUCACUGGCUCUCUUGCAAACUUCCUCCAAAACAUUUGCCCAACAGAGACUACGUCUACACCUCCAAAGGUAGUGGAAACUGAUUAUUCCAACAGCCAUGUAAAGGAAGAUCGUAUUGGUGCUGGCCAUGUUACAAACAAGUCCAAUGACAAAGGAAAGAAACACAAGAGUUCUCCCUCUUUCCUCAGAUGCUUUAUUGACUGCUUAUCAGAUUGAUCAAGUGGGAUGGUGGGUCAUGUUUUGAGUAAGAUAACUUUACAAAACUGUCAAUUAGGGACAUCCAUGCAAAGAUACAAAAAUAUUAAAGGCAAAGAACAAGGAAGGAUGAAAAAUAAAGCUUUUAUCAACU